AUGACUCGCCUGGGUCGUCAAAACUUCCCAGACGUGGAGUUCGGCAUCAACGCGGGAGACCACCCCCGCGGCGGCGCCUCCUUCAACUACUGCAGCCCCAAGUCCGGCGUGCCGCUGUGGCUCUGGCCGGACUACAUGUUCUUUGCAUGGCCCGAGAUCGCAGCACCCACUUGGGCCCAGCAGCUGCGCCGUGCAGCCGAACUGGACGUCACGCUGCCCUUCAGCCAGCGAAACAACAAGGUGUUUUGGCGGGGAGGCGGCGGACCGCUGGUGCGGGAGAAACUGGUCAGCCGCUUUGCCAACCGUACCGACAUCGCCGGCGUGGCCAAGAUCCCGCCCUUUGGCGCCCUGCGCACCGAGCUCAUGAACAAUCCGGACUACAACAUCAGCAACAUCAUCACCCGGCUAGAGGACUUUUGCCGCUACAAGUACAUCAUCCACACCGAGGGCAACACGUGGAGCGUGCGGCUUAAGAGCCACCUCAUUUGCGGCGGCGUAGUCAUAUCGCACCCACUUCAGUGGGCUGCCGUGGACACCGAGAUCCUGGAGGAGGG